UAUGGGAGGUUUCUUCGCAUGGUUGAUUGCAGUUCUUUCUUGCUGCCUUGUGACAAAAACAGAAGCCCAAUUUCAGAGAUUACCCGCGAGUCCAGAUAAUGUGGUUCAAGACGCCACUAAUGAAACCGAGUCAAAGGAAUCUCUAAAGGGGGUUACAUUCAACGAAAGUCUACUGAAUCAAGUCCAGUCUGAAUUGAACGCGCAGUUAGCCAUUAACUCAGAUUUGAGGUCAAAAGUGGUGAGGCGUAGUGCUGUUUUAGACAAUAUUAACCGAGGCGCAAUCAAAGUCAUGCAAAAAUUUUCUGCGACGAGGAAUGCUUUGAUGAAAGCCAGUCAGUUAUUGUCCCAAAAAAAAGUUAAGGUCGAUUAUAGUUGGCUCUUAAUGGAACGCUGCCGAAAUAUCCAGUACCGGAAUGAGAAGGUUCGGCGAAUUGCCGACAGACUGGCCGACAGAAGGGCGGAGGAAGUCCAGCCGAAAGCUAAGAAACAUUAUCUAUCAAAGUAUCUUAGACUUUUGGAGGUUCUCCAAGAGCAGGUAGUUCAAGAAACCCGUGCCGGUAUGGGGUUACCUAAAAGACAGUUGAGAAUCGGAACGUCCGAAAGUCCAUAGGCCCAAAAUUAACCAGAAAUAAUAAACAAAAAUGUCUCGUGA